CAGAUGCUGAAAUGACUCCUUCUAAGAGGGUACCAAGUAAGCUCAGUCUUGAUUGGUCAUGGGAACAACUUAAAAACUUUCUUUUUGAAAGUUUCCCUGUUCUGAAAAAAGUUCAGUUUGGUUUGUUUCUAGUGGAUAAAUCCUAUUUGGUACCAUUACCAAAUGAUACAAACAGUCCAUCAAGAAUAAAAACAUACAUGGAAAGAGAAAACAAGAGUGGGAGUCUCUUUAUAAGACCUGUAUCUGAUAUUUCAGCUCUUUGUAUUGAGGAACUGACCUGUAACCUGAAUUGUAGUUUAAAUAAUAGGUCAACAUUAAUUACACCUUUGCAGACUAGUGGCUCAUUUGACAGUACAUUGCCAAGAAUAUCAAUUAGAACAUCUACAGUAACAUCUGCGGAAGAUGAGGCUGUUACAGUUGAGAAUGAAACAUUGGUGGACAGAAGAGCUCUUCUUGCUCUACAAAAUAAAGAAUAUCAGCAAAGUUUGAAAUCAGAUCUGGAGAAAGAAGAAAGAUUAAGGGCAGACAGAGAGAGGAUAGAAGAAAGAUUAAGGGCAGACAGAGAGAGGAUAGAAGAAAGAGAAGGACAUCUACAUGAGUCACGACAAAGAAGAAAGAGAAAUUUGCCAGAUGAACCUUUGGUUGGCAUAAAAAUCAAACUAAAAAGAAGAGGAAACAUGUUGGAUACAAGAAAAUUUCUACCAGAAGAUAAUGUCCAGAUUCUACAGGACUUCAUUGGCAGUAUGGAUGAUGCAACAGAAAGUUAUUUUAUCCAUAUUGCAAACAAUUUACCUGUCCAUUCAAGGGAUUGUCAUGGUACUAUAUCAGACCUUGGGAUAACAAGCAACACUCUGGUCCAGAUAGAAUGGUUGGAUGAUGCGGACUUGUCAUCACCAUUUUUAGAACAAAGGUCACAAACAUCUUCACAGAUAAGAGCAUUUCCACUUAUAGCUAAUGCUGAAGUCAACCUAAUGGAGAAUAGUGAUGAAGAGCUUCCUGAUCCAGGUUUAAAUGAUGAUGAGCUUCCUGAUCCAGGUUUAAAUGAUGAUGAGCUUCCUGAUCCAGGUUUAAAUGAUGAAGAGCUUCCUGAUCCAGGUUUAAAUGUAACAGAUUCAAGUGCUCUGGUUUGUGGGGUUAGGAUAGCCAAUUGA